AUGUGUAAUGUGUCAUUGAAUGAUGACAACAUCAUGAUCCCACAGCCUGCUCUUCAAGUGCCUGCUGAUCUGUGUCAGUGUUGGUGGUGGUGUGUUCUCUGUGUGUGGGCUGGGCUGCCUGCUGUCACAGCGUUUUGACUCCCCCCAUUGCCUGUGGAAUUCCAGCCUGGGAUCUGUCAGAGUGUGGAUCCAUCAUCCUCCACUCACUGCAACUGUCACCCUGCCACUGCCAGCCACAGAUACAGUCCGUGCGUGACACUGAUUUUGUCUUUAAUAUUGGUACUGGUGGCAUCUUAUGGCAC